UGCCUGAAGAAAGCGGAGAUCUCGCUGGGAUGGAGAGCAAUCCGGCUCCUGCUCUCACUAGGGACUGUUUGAUCCACAUCUUCACUCGGCUGGGGGCCGGUGAUUUGCGACGGGCUUCUCAGGUGAACCAGGUAAAGAACUGGACGCCGAGGGGAGCUGUCCCAACACUGAGUUCAUUCACAGAGCAAUGCCGACAGUCAGCCACUUCACACAUACAGCAGUCAGCGAUCAUCGCCCACCAAUACAGAGCAGGCUCGAGGGGACUUUGAUGGGAUGUGACCUGAGAGUCUAUAUUGCUCUAUCCUAACUCCCUGCACCAUUAAACACUAGAGUUCUCUCUAUAAAUAGUGCAGCCUGAUUUAUUCGCUUUAUUUUUUUCUGGAUGUGCAGAAUAACCUAGGUAAGGCAGGGGUUCCCGAGUAAAUGGCUCUUGUUGAGAAAUAGAUUAAGUCAAGGUCCAGUUACUUCGUCCACCAAUCCUACCAAGCUAUGGAUGAGAGAUUACUGCAAUCCUGUUUUUCUGGAAUCCAUAGGAAUCUUUCCCAAUUGACUAGGCCAUGGAUGAAAGGACUGUCGAAAAGGGAAUGAAAGGACUCCUGGUUCGAAUAGGGAUUGCAUCGUGCCCAGUCCAAAGAGAAAACCCAGCAAAGAUCUGGAGGAAGUGCUUGGAAUGAUGCUGCAGAAACACCCUGGCUGUGGAGGUUUGAUUCCCUGCUGAGAUGUGGUUAUAAAGCACCCCUUGGUGACUGGGAACAUCGGAAAAGGGUUUCAUAAUUGAGGCCAUCCUUACACACUUUCUAAUGUGGUUACUGGGUAGUGAUCAGAAGCAGGAACCCUGGUCAAUUUUUCCUUUCCUUAAUUGGAUUGCAGAUUAGAACAAAUAGAUGAUCAAAUCGUGAACAUUUCUGUUCUGUACAGUUCUGCUCAUGACUGGAUAGCCUCAAUGAAGAUUAUGUUUGGAGCGCUGGAUCUUCUGCAAUCUCUCCAAUGCAGAUAGUGAAAUAAAUUCCUGGAAAAAGUAUUAUUUACAUCGUUCCAAAGCAGAGCACCACAUGUCAUCUGGGCGUAGCACUGCUGACUAUACCUGCACAACUUUCAGGGGUCAUGGUGGCAGUAUCACUGGUCUGCAGUACCUGAGUAAUCCUGACCAUCAGUUUGAUACUGGGAUCUGUAAACCAUUGGUUUGUACAGCAUCUAGAGAUUGUACACUGCGAGCGUGGAGCAUUCAAGAGGGAAAACAACUGUGGUCAACUCCAGUGCAAGAAGAACCAUUGGUGAAAUUAAUAACUGUUCCACAACAAGACCUUGCAAUCACUGCAGACUCAAAAGGAAACAUCAAAGUUUGGAAUGGACAGACUGGAGAUGAAUUGACAGUAUCUGUUACUCCGUUUACAGUUUGCAAUUUGGUGACCUACAACAUGAACAACCAGCUAUGCCUAACUGUUGGCAGUGGACGUGGUGAACUAAUCACGCUAACCAUUCCUAAUCUCAGCCAGAUCUCUCACUUAUCAGUAAUUGAUGCUUAUAAAGUAGAUUUUUUGCUGGUAUCAACAGAUCAGCAGUGGAUCAUUGCUGGCACAAAAGAAAGUUCUGAUAUCCCUGCUAAGGUGUUGAGGACAGAACCUUUAAUGAAUUCUGUUGGUGAUGACAGAUUGACAACAGAUUCCUUACCACUAAAUGGUUGUUUCUCAGCGUGUUGGUUACCAAAAAAGCCAUCCAGAGCAGUUACUUUAACUCAUAGUGAUGUCACAUCUUCUGAAAUAAGUAUUGUUACUCUUGAUAUUACUCUUCAGAAAACAAGACACAAACUGGAAAUACAAGCUAAACAAGUUGGAAAUUUCACCUACAAAGUAGCUGGUUGGAGUAAUGAUAUACUUCUUGAAGGCCAUGGAAUUAAUACCAUAAUUCUAGCACAAGGCACAGAACUGAAACUGUUUUCCAUUGAUGGAGUGAACCUUGCUAGCUUUCGUGACCAUAAGGAAACUAUCAGUGGAAUUUCAGUGGAUCCCUUCCGUGUGGUCACUGCAUCAAUGGAUUUGUCACUUAGAGUAUAUACCUGGAAAAGGCAACCAAACAAAUGUCUCAGUCUUGAAAGUAGUUACCAUUUAUUGGGGGGAUCUCACCUGAGGUCCAGGGGAUUUAUAAGUGUAUUGUGUGACCAUGUAAGCAUUGUGGGUGCUGUUCUAUCAAAGGAUGGAAAAGAUGUUCUAAAAGCAUACUACUUCAAUCUGUGAGAAAUUCACUCUGUACAGCAUGAAUACAAUGUUAAUAAAUGUAUAUUAAUAAUUUUGCAAAGUAACUGAAAAAUGUUGAAUCAGACUGUUAGCUUAUACCGUGUACAACAGGAGGUGCAUUUUAUCAGCACCAGAUUUUAUGCUGAUUCUUGACUAGCUGUGAAUUUUAUAAUGACCCUGGCAAGUAAUUCGUUUCUAUGGCUGUCACAUUAAAUACACGUUCCC